GGUGCAACUUCAGUGGUGUCUCCGUCUCAGACUCGGGUGUCUAGUCGCUCCACUUGUUGGCGCGAUAAUUGAUUUUUCCGUAAAUAAUUUAUGACGCACGUAACUGACAGUUUGCAACUUGUAGAUUAAAAACUGCCACUGACCAGCAGCUCUAUAAAUCAGGCGUAUCACUUAUUAGCUUUCAAUUAUCCAAAAAUAAAAUGGUAAACCAUGCAACUCCUUCAUCUCUCUCUCUCUUCCUCUCCUGCAGUGAUCAUGUUAUCCACCCGCCAAGUUUGCUUACUCUUCGGUUGCCUCUCGCUGGCCCUGAGCAUGGUACAAGCCCAAUUCUUCUAUCAUCAGGCGCUUGGAUUGUCCUCUAAGCCGUCAUAUGAGCCAGAGUCCCAAUAUGUGGGUUAUGCCACAGCGGAUGCACAUCCUUCGGUGGUAAAGAAUGCCCAGUGGGAGUCGGAGUUACCAGCUGAAUUCUCCAAGAGCGCACGAUUCUACAACAAUCCGGUUAUAGCUGCCAAUCUGGCCAAGGAAUCGUUGCUUACCCGCAAGGAGAUGGCUGUGGUGCAUCGCGAGGCCGAAAAGAUUCCCCGAGAACAGGUCUACAAACUCUUCAAGAACGCGGGCUAUUUGAGUCGCCGUUAGAUCGGCAGUCUAUAUACAUUUUUAAAGUGCCUUGUUGUAUUCUAGUUUGUAGUUUGUUAAUACAUUUUAAACUAAC